AUGAACAGUAUCGCCCCUUUUAUUGCAUCUGUGUCGAAACAGCUCAUUCACCUUGCCGCGCCUCAAAUCACCAAGUCCGUGGGAUCCAUGCAAACCAGAGCUUUAUCAGGGAGCUCGUUAUGCCAAAGCGCAACACUUUUACAAGAUCACGAUGGAUUUGGUUUUGCGAGAUCGAACCCUGGCCCACGGAAGCCGAGAAGCAUUGGUGUGACCGAGAUUCGAGGUCCAUAUUACUCCGUAAUGGGGAAGCGGUACUUGGCAGAUGUCCUGGAGACAAUGGGCGAUCAUGUCGAUGGAUUAAAAUUUGCUGGAGGCUCAUUUUCGCUGUUCCGGGAGAAACCUCUACGCGAACUCAUUGAUUUGGCUCACGACCAUGGUGUUUAUGUUUCUACUGGGGGAUGGGCUGAGCAUCUUCUCACCCAUCCCGAUCCGAAUGCUGUCUUUGACCGGUAUCUAAGCAAAUGCAAAGACUUGGGGUGCGGUAUCAUCUACCUCCUUUCAUUUCUUAUCACUAAUCAUCGCCCCUACAGCUUCGACGUCAUCGAGUUGUCUUCUGGCUUCCUCUCCUUCCCCGAAGACGACUGGCUUCGACUAGUCAACAAAGUCCAAUCAUACAAGCUCGAACCCAAGCCCGAGUUGGGCAUCCAGUUCGGCGCUGGUGGUGAUACUCCUGCAUCAGGAAUCGAAGCUAUCGGUACUUCAGACCCCGGUAAAUUGGUGAAUUUGGGUCGCAAGUUUCUCGAUGCUGGGGUCAAGCGUCUCAUGAUCGAGUCAGAGGGCAUUACCGAGAAUGUCAAUUCGUGGCGAACAGAUGUAGUCUCGAGAACCAUGAAGGAGCUCCCUCUGGAGCGUGUAAUGUUUGAGGCGGCGGAUCCCAAGGUGUUCAAUUGGUAUAUCCGUGAGUUUGGGAUCGAUGUCAAUUUGUUUGUGGAUCAUAGCCAGAUUGUGCAGUUGACGUGCCUGCGAUCUGGCAUUUGGGGUACUGCGGAUACUUGGGGGAAGAUCGUGACCUUUAGACCAGAUUAA